AUGGAUGCCGAUGUCAACUACAUCAACAUUGAUGACGAUGAUGACGAUAAUGCUGGUAUAUUCAGUAUCGCUAACGACUGCCACAGUGAAAACGAUGACGCCAUCACUGGUGAAGACAACGUUCUUUCAGCAGUGCACACGAAGCGCACUGCUGUGGACAAGGAUGAAUCAGCAUAG